AUGGCUAACAUGUCUGGACCUUUGACUGUUGUGGAGAUGCAAGCCAUCAGACUGGCCAUCACAGAGGAGAGAAUCUUUAAGAUGUUCCUGGUGCUGUCCACGCAUGCUGUCUUCAUCUACAUCAACAUAGUGAUGCUGUUCACACUCAGGACCAAGGCCACUUUCCGGGAGACGUCCCGGUACAUCCUCUUUGCCCACAUGCUCCUCAAUGACACCAUUCACCUGGUAGUAGGCCUGGUCCUGUACGUGCUUGGGGCAUUCUACCUGGUGAUAGUGCGGGCCGUCUGCGCCUUCAUUGUACUGAUGUCUGCUUCCACCUUCAUCAACGCGCCUCUCAACCUGGCGGUCAUGUCUCUGGAGAGAGCCGUCAUUCUAUUUGUCACAUACAGUCUGCACUAUCGAACAGCUGCUCGUGGCUCCCUGGCAGCGGGGCAAGGGUGUGGCCCUCAACACCCUCCUCUUUGUGGUGGUAAUGGCGUGCUACUCUACACCUACGUGGCCAUCCUGAAGCAGGCACGGGCUGCCUCGACUGACCACUCAUCAGCGCAGAAAGCCCUGCGCACUGUGCUGCUACACACGCUGCAACUAGGCCUGUCACUCAUGUCUUUCCUUUAUGUGCAGCUGGAGUUCCUGCUGGGCAGCCUCCCACUGCCUGUCUACACGCAGCUACGCUUCCUCAACUUCUUUGUGAUCCUCAUUCUGCCACGCUGCCUCAGCUCCCUCAUCUAUGGCCUGAGGGAUGAGACCUUUAGGCCCCUGUUCAGGCAGUACAUUCUGUUCUGUAGUGCAAAGAAGCUUGUACCUCUAUAG